CAAAAAUAUCCAUUUUCAAUAAUCGAUUUCAUACCCACCUUUUGUUCUUAUUCGGUCCUUUCUCUCUCUUUUUCUUCAUGUAUUUCUUCUCUUUCACUCCUACCAUUUCUGCAGAGUCUGCACUUUUCAUACUGCCAUUCCCAAUAUCUCCAUUCUCCAUCAUUUCCAACAUUGAUCCAUUUUCCUAGACUUUUUCCGGUUCUCAGAAGCCAUUUUCCAAGAAAGAAUCUACUUUAAGGCCAAAAAAUACCUCAGCUUUUACAAUGGGUUCUGGCGAUUGGUUCAAGAAUGUAAUUAGUAAAAAGAAAGCAAAAGACAGAAAUUCCACAAAACUAAAGGAACCAACAUCUGAAAAGUCUAAGGUGGCAAAAGAGGAAAAAUCAAAGAAAGAAUCUCCCAAACCAGCAAAUGGUGUUUCGAACAGGAAACAAAGGGUUGCUGUUGUACUCACUGAGGAUAUAGCAGCAACCAGGAUUCAGACAGCAUUCCGCGCAUUCUUGGCGAGGAAAUCAUUCCGCAACUUAAAGGGAAUUCUAAGGUUGCAGGCAUUGGUACAAAGUCAGUCAGUCAAAAAGCAAGCUUCAUUGACCUUAACCUAUUUGCAUUCCUGGAGCAAAAUGCAGGCACAGAUUAAAGAUCGUCGAGUAUGUAUGGUCACUGAAGGUCGCCUCAGGCAGAAGAAAAUUGAGAGUCAACUAAAGCUGCAGGCAAAACUUCAUGACUUGGAGGUGGAGUGGAGCGGUGGGUCUGAGACAUUUGAGGAAGUACUUGCAAGAAUACAUCAACGAGAAGAAGCAGCAGUCAAGCGAGAACGAGCCCUGGCAUAUGCUUUCACUCAUCAAGUAAACAGACUGGUUGAUUUUUCUUUUUAUUUUCCCCUAAUUGUUCCAAAUGAAAUUUCAUGUAGAAAUCUUUUGCUGCAGUGGAGGGCUAACAGCAACUCAAAUUUUGGAGUUGGGAGUAAUGAACUAGGCAAAACCAAUUGGGGUUGGAGUUGGAUGGAUCGCUGGAUAGCUGCUAGACCUUGGGAAAGCCGGGUUAUGCUGGCAAAUCAGUCAAGUCCAAAGAAAUCACUAAGCAAGCAAGCCAGCAAGACUGGAAAAAAAACCAACUCACCAAAGACCAAAACACCUUCUUCAGCUAAGUCAAUUUCCCCUCAUGGUAAGACAUCCCUAAAAGGUCGAAAGUUAUCUUAUGAAACUGCUGAUAAAGCAGUUCCAAAAGGAAACAGCAAAGCCGAACAAGCAGUUACUCCAAAAGGAAACAGCAAAGCUGAAGAAGCAGCCACAACAAAUUCGUAGAAAGCACAUGUGGAUGAACCUGUGAUCAUGUCCUCUUGAUUGGUGUUCUGAUUUACUCUUCCUUUUUUUAUCUUCCUAUACUUGAUCCUGUGUAUAUCUGGGGGGGCUAAAUUAUCUUGGUUUUUUCUUGUAUAUAGACGGUUUUCUUUCUCAUUGGGUAAAAAAAUAGCGAAAGCAAGCAGGGAAUUUAUUGUAUAUGUAUGAAUUAUUCACCAGAUACUCUGUUUUUGGCUGAGCAAUCUUGUUUGUUCUUAUGUCCUUACAGGGAGAUUACUUCGUUUCCAUACAUUUAAUGAAACGCCUGAUGAUUCUUCUUAACUAAUAUUUUAGGAGAUGACGCCGGAAUCCUUAAAUCCAUAGUACCCUAACCCUUAAUGUUGGUUUAGAUCUCGGGGCUAAAUUAUGCAGUGUUGUAGGUAGAUAUUGGAUACAUGUAAAAAGAG